CAUAUGUGUGUGGCUGAAAGGAAGGUCGGAUUGAUUUUGAGCUUUUAAGGAAUGUGGAGCAAAUAUUGUGGUGGAAAACCGGACCAAGAUGCACUUGAGGAGAGAGGACAUUGGGGCAGCAAAGUGGAAUUUCUUCUGGCUGUUGCUGGAAACAUUGUGGGCCUGGGCAAUGUGUGGAGGUUUCCGUACUUGUGCUACAAAAACGGCGGCGGUGCAUUCCUGGUGCCAUACCUGGUGUUUGCGGUGACGUGCGGUGUACCGCUCUUCCUUUUGGAGACCGUCAUGGGCCAGCAUACCCAAGAGGGCGCCAUCACCUGCUGGAGGAAGCUGUGCCCCCUGGCUGAAGGUAUCGGCUAUGGAGGGCAACUGGCCCAGUUCUACACCUGCAUGACCUACACGAUUAUUACGGCAUCGACUCUUUUCUACCUGGCGUUCUCCUUCAUCUCUCCACUGCCCUGGAGCACCUGCGACAACUACUGGAACACGGAUGCUUGUGUUGACAUUACAACACGCAAUCUCACCAACCACACCAACGGUAGCUCAGCAGCAACGGAGUUCUGGGAGCGUCGACUGUGGAAUAUUUCAUCGGGCAUUGAGGAGAUUGGCAGUAUCAGGUGGGAGAUGCUUUUGUGCUUCCUGGCUGCCUGGGUCGUUUCUUACUUCUGCAUCUGGAAAGGCAUCAAAUCAACUGGAAAGGUGGUGUACUUCACUGCCACAUUCCCUUAUGUGAUGCUCCUCAUCCUUUUGAUCCGUGGACUCACUCUUCCGGGAGCCAGACAAGGAGUGGAGUUCUACCUUCUGCCAGAUCCGUCGCGACUCGCAGACCCUCAAGUGUGGCUUGAUGCCGGCUCCCAGAUCUUCUUCUCGUACAGCCUUGGUGUGGGCACCCUCACUGUACUGGGCAGCUACAACACCAGGAGAAACAAUUGCUACAAGGACUGCUUGUGGCUGUGUUUGCUGAACAGUUUGACCAGUUUGGUAGCCGGCUUUGCUGUCUUCUCAGUCCUGGGAUUCAUGGCUCACAAGCAAGGUGUUCCUAUCUCAGAGGUGGCUGAGUCAGGUCCGGGCUUGGUAUUCGUUGCGUACCCACAGGCGGUGGCCAUGAUGCCGUUGCCUAACCUGUGGUCUAUCUGCUUCUUCGUCAUGCUCAUCCUCCUGGUCCUGGACACACAGUUUGUCGGCAUUGAGGUGGUGAUGACGUCCUUUACAGAUGUAUUUCCCACAGUGAUGCGUCGGGCAGGCAGGCAUGAACGUUUCCUCCUGCUCUUCUGCCUCAUAUGCUUCCUCUUGCAGCUCGACAUGACCACCAUGGGAGGGAUGUACAUCUUCCAGAUUUUCGACUACUAUGCUUGCAAUGGAGCCUGCCUUCUCCUUCUUUGUGUGUUUAAAAGCUUGGCAAUGGGCUGGAUAUUUGGCGCAGAACGGCUGUGCGGCAUCAUAGAGGAGAUGACGGGCGAUCGUCCCAAUCCGUUCUUCAAAAUCUGCUGGCGCUACAUUAGCCCCUUGGUUUCAGUGGGCACUUUUAUAUAUUAUUUAAUUGGGUACGAGCCUCUAACAUUCAAUCGCUCGUACGUAUACCCUACCUGGGCCUAUGUGUUGGGCUGGACAAUGGCUCUGUCCUCCAUCCUGCUGGUGCCGAUCUGGGCGCUGUACAAGCUGUGUACUGCCAAGGGAACCCUCAGUCAGCGUCUCCAUGGCCUGUGCUGGCCCAAGCCACCUGAGGGCUCGCCGGCCCGAAACAGAGAGACCAUGCUGCAACACACUACUGAGGAGGAUAAAGAUUAAGAUUAAGAUAUCCUUUAUUUGUCCCGCAAUGGGGAAAUUUACAGUCAGAGUUCAGAAAGGAAAACACUGGGUAGGGAGAGGGGGAAAAAAAGAAUAAUUUAUCAACAAAAACAAAACAGCACAGAUGAACUGAUCCCAAACUGCCCAACAGAAACUAUGUACAUCAUUCGAAAACCACAAAAUCUCAUGCCAUUGUUUAUAAUAAUGGUUUGCUAAUCUUGUGGUAUAUUAAGAUAUUUUGUGAUGUUUUCUUUAAUCAAUGUAUAUCUCAGUGAAAAACUCUUGAACCUGCUUUGAGAUGAUUGCAUGACUUGGUAACUUGCCUGCUUUGACGACUUCAGAGAUAAACUCUUGAGCCUGCUUUGACGACUUCAUAGUCUGCUUUGCUUGAAUUGUCGAAACUUGAUUGUGAUCAAUGCCACUUGGUUUACACAACAAACAGUGUGGCGUAGGGAGGGAUGAGAAUGGCCACUCGCCACUCCCGAUGCACACACUUUAGAGGAUAAAAGGAGGGGAGCGAUGCUCCUCAGUAGAGUCUGCUGUGGGUACCGUACGGACGCCCAGCGAGUAUCGAAGCUCACUCUGCUGAGGAUGUUGGCUCUCCAUCCUACUGGCAUACGGUAAGAGUAUAUCAUCUUUAGCUUCAUACAACUUGUUUGAACUGUGUUAUCAUUUCUGUGUGGGACCAAUAAAGUGCCUAUUGUUGGUAGCCAGAA